AUGGUGCAUUUUACUACCAAGGAGAAGGCGGCUGUUGCUAGCCUGUGGGCCAAGGUGAAUGUGGAGGCGGUCGGCGGUGAGAGCCUGGCAAGGCUCCUGAUCAUCUACCCAUGGACCCAGAGGUUCUUUGACAGUUUUGAUAACUUACACUCUGAGUCUGCCAUAAUGGGCAACCCCAAGGUCAAGGCCCACGGCAGGAAGGUGCUGAACUCCUUUGGAAAUGCCAUUAAGCACAUGGAUGACCUCAAGGGCACCUUUGCAGAUCUAAGCAAGCUGCACUGUGACAAGUUGCACGUGGAUCCUGAGAACUUCCGACUCCUAGGCAACAUAAUAUUGAUUGUCUUGGCAACCCACUUCAGGAAGAAAUUUACCCCGCAGAUGCAGGCUGCCUAGCAGAAGCUGACAAAUGCUGUGGCUAAUGCUCUGGCCCACAAGUACCACUAGUUGCCUGGCCAACCAUGUUGAUGCUUAUCUGAGGGCCCAGUGUCCCAACAGCUCAUCUCCUGAAGACAGAGGGAGAGAGCUCUGA